AUGAGCAUGUUUUGAAUGAUUUGGCAGAGCUUAAGGGAGAUUGAGGAAGAACGAAGAGCAAAGACAGAAGCCUUAGCGAAGUGGAGAGAGUUGCUGCAGAAAGCUGAGACACCAAGCAUUGGUGGAACAUCAGAUCCGGAUGAACUUGAAGAUGAACACCAACAGAAGCUGGAUUUGACUAAGCAUCUGGUUGAGCUACAGUCCAACAUACAUCUGGCUAGACUGGAUGCUUCCCUGAUACGCAAUGGUGACUUCCUUGCUGAUGUGAGCUCUGCCGAUGAGAGUCGCUGGAGGCAAUAUAAUGAGAGAGCUAAGAUUCAAGAAGAACAAGACAGACUCAAGGUAAAUUGAUAGAUAACCUUGUUUUAUUGGUUUGACGUUAGAAUUUAUCCUUGUUUUGUGACUGCACCUUAAACAUUUUACUGUUCAUGACACAUUCUCUAUAAUUCCUUGUGGUGGUCGUAUGGAUGUUCAUUUCCCAUAAACAGGCUACUGUUACCAGAAGGAAAUAUUGCUUGCCACUAAAAUCAAUAAACUGGCAGGCUCCAAUAAAAAGAAUUCCCACGCUGUCGCAGUGGUUGUCCUGUGCUACUGCACUGUAAAAAAGAAAAAUCAAAUCAAAUUAUCCCAAUUGCUUUAACAUAAAAGGUGGCAAGCUGUGUCUGUAAUUUCUUGGCCCAUGACAAAUUCUGAAUAGUUGUCCUCACUUAAUACUGAAUUUUUCUAAAGAAUUUUACCCACAUUCUCUAUUAAGGGCCUGUCACAUAUUAUCAAUUAGAGCUAACUUAUGCCUAGCGUACUUAACUUUUUUUUUUAAAUUUGGCAAAGUCCAGAUACACUCAAAUUACACGUGCAUACCCUUCUUGUUGUGAUUAAUAAUAAACUGUAUGCCAUAGGAUAAUUUUAAAAAAGUAAAAAUAAUAAUGUAGUGGGACGGCAACAAGGAGGCCGGCCCUCUAGUUAAAGAGGACGAGCACCAGGGGCAGAAAAAGGAUGAGAAGCAGACCAAAAUGAAAGUCACUCUGAGAAGCUGACUUUAGUUAACAGACGAUUGGAACUUUUAUUUACUCCAACUCCAAGAUGUACUGGAAUGAAAUAAACCCCCAUUGCCUGGAAUAAACAAAACAUUAUACAGCUCGGUAAGGAAAUGCACACAUACCGGAAUGUACAUACAGACUGUACACAAUGCACACUGUGCAUAAUACAUGGUAACUGUGCUACACGUACUGGCCUUUCAGCAUGUCAUAAACACGUGAGAGACUUUUAGUUAAACAAAAUUCACGUUCUGCCAUAAUUCCUACAAAUAUUACAUUAUUAUACUCACUGGAGGUUUCUUAGGGAAAUGCUCUACCCCGCAGGACACAUGGCCGUCAUGGCAUUUAAUAAUUUUUAAAAAUUAAUUGUGUUUUACUGUCCGUAUAAAUUGUUGAAGUCAAAUAAAUAAUAACAAUAAUAACAUGUGCGGAUAAUUUUCUGAGAUGCAUGCUAUAUCGAUGUUGAGUUUCGAGU